GGAUCUGUCCAUUCAUCCACCUCUCCUUCCGUCCAGCGGUGCGCUGCGUCCGCAUCUGCAUCUGGGAAGGUCACACACCAUUUUCGAUCAGCGGGCCUGCCAAGUUUUUCUUUUUUAAAUCCAUCUCCUCCUGAUCAGCAUUUCAUCACCGGCAGGUUAUUACUGCAUUAAGAGGUCUCUGAGGCAACUGGAUGGAUGGCUGACCUUAGGGCUCACUGACUGGCUCACUGAGCUUCGCUGGUCGCAGCUGCUUUCAUGGCUAAAAGCCCGGAGGUGAAGCUGGCCGUCUUCGGCAGAGCGGGGGUGGGCAAGUCAGCUUUGGUGGUGAGAUUUCUGACUAGACGCUUCAUCUGGGAGUACGACCCAACGCUUGAAUCCACAUAUCGGCAUCAAGCCAACAUUGAUGAUGAGGUUGUUGCCAUGGAGAUUCUGGACACUGCAGGGCAGGAAGACAUCCAGCAGAAGGAGGGUCACAUCCGUUGGGGUGAUGGAUUCGUCAUUGUGUAUGACAUCACAGACCGGGGAAGCUUCGAGGAGGUGGCACCGCUCCGGAGUCUCCUAGAGGAGGUGAAGAAGCCGAAGAAUGUCCCUCUGGUCCUGGUGGGCAACAAGUCGGACCUGGACCAUAUCAGACAGGUUGGCACAGAGGAAGGCGAACGGCUGGCUGCUGAAAUGGCAUGCGCCUUCUACGAAUGUUCAGCAUGUGCGGAUGAAGGUGGCGCGGUGGCAGAGGCUUUCCACGAGCUCUACCGCGAGGUGAGGCGCCGCAAGGCCAUGCAGGGCAAGGCCAGACGCCGCAGCUCCACCACACACGUCAAACAGGCCAUCAACAAGAUGCUGACCAAGAUCAGCAGCUAGGGAAGAGCCACACUAUCGUCUGAUGACACAAAAACUAAAAAUGUAAAUGUUUGCUAUGUAAAUGUUUCAAGAAAUGAUAUGCUCAAAACUGACAAAAUGUGACUGAUUUGAUGGGCAAUGUUUUCUUUAAUAAUUCUCUGAUCAUUUUCCAUCAAAAGAUCCCAAAUGGAAUGUCUCUUCAUUCUGGAAAAGGUAAAUGAUGUUGUCAGUGGGAGCCUUUACAGAUUAUGUCUCGUUCAAACGUUUGAGCUCCUGUGGAUCAAAAUAAUCCUGGAUACUGGUGAGAUACGAGAUGUUUCAUGAUGAAUCAUUAAUAUGGUGAGGUUCUCAACUUUAUUUUCUUUGAUCCUCUCAUCUAACUCUCUUCAAAUCAAUAAAUAAGCCAGGCAGUCUGAAAAUGGUGAAUGCAAGCAGUUUCAUUUAGCAUGUGAAGAAUCCAAGCAUUAUCUUAUGAGAAGAUUCGUAGCUUUCUCUUUGUAUCUUGGCUGUACGAGGAUAUUGUGGUGUGCUUUGGCCCAUGUGUUUAACUGUUCUAUCAGCAAAGAAAAAUAAGAUCGGAGAACUACUAUUUGAUAAAAGUAGAUCUACAGUCAUUAAAUAAGAGUUUUCAAUGCCUGUCCUUCAAAAAAACCUUGUAAGAAAGUCCACUUUUUUCUGUUGACAUUAACUAUUCUGCAGUGGACUGUGGCUCCCUUGUGUUUGUGAACUCAAGAUCUUUUCCUCAAGGAACCAAAGCACAUGUUCAAAACGUGUCAAGGCUGAUGAGUGAACAUUUUUGCUGUUUUCUCUACACCUACGAAGAGAAGCAGUCGCUGUUCAUCUUAACAUGCCACAUUCCAGGGAUUCACUGGCUGUAAUAUUAAUACUGUAAACUACAGUAUGAUAUAGUAUAUUGCCUUAAGUACUGCUGUGUUUGAGGAGUGUACAGAACCUAAAGGCAUCUACGGUAGGUGAUACUGUAAUUGUUGAAAUAUAACAUCUGUUUCUAUCU